AUGAGUACAUCUAACACUCCGGCCAGCAGGCUGAAGAUCCGGACGAGGAGUAGAAGGACUUCCUCUGUCGGUAGGAUUGAUCUUGGUGAUACUGUUACAAGUAUCGGGACAAUGCCGACCACUAGGGAAUCCAGGAAUGCAUCUCAACAGAGGUUAAAAAAAUUGGCUGAGCUUUCGAAAAAUGAUAUUGAUCUGAUGAAAAAAAUAUGGCUGUCGUUCAGAGAGGUCAAUUAUAGACAUGCUUGGGUUAGCCCGUUGGUCAUUAUGAUCAUUGUUUACAGCGCCUACUUUACUUCGGGGAACUUGACCGAGUCAAACCCUCUACACAUGUUUGUUUCUAUAUCGUAUCAAAUUGGAGACACUGAGAUGUACGGGAAAGGUAUUAAAGAUUUAGCCUUCGUGGCCUACUACAUGAUUUUUUUCACCUUCUUUAGGGAAUUCUUGCUAGAUGUCGUGAUCCGCCCGCUCCCCAAGUUACUGAAUGUUGGGUCGAAACAUAAGAGUAAGAGAAUUAUGGAACAAACGUUCUACAUCGUCUAUUACUCUCUAUCGAGCCCGUUCGGACUCUACAUCAUGUACCACUCGGAUCUUUGGUUUUUCAAAACGACACCGCUGUAUACAACAUACCCAGACAUCAACAUCCCGUAUCUGUUCAAGAUCUUCUAUCUAGGACAGGCUUCCUUCUGGGCGCAACAGGCAUGUGUACUAGUGUUGCAAUUAGAAAAACCAAGAAAGGAUAACAACGAAAUGAUUUUCCAUCACAUCGUUACUUUGUUACUCAUUUGGUCGUCAUACGUUUUCCAUUUCACCAAGAUGGGAUUGGCUAUCUACGUGUCAAUGGAUAUCUCCGAUUGGUUCUUGUCCCUGUCUAAGGACUUUAACUACUUGGAUUCCCCAUAUACAGCGGUUGUGUUCUUCACUUUUGUCGUUGUGUGGGCGUAUCUACGUCACUACGUUAACAUCAAAAUCUUGUGGUCUGUGCUCACUGAAUUUAGAUCCGUUGGGAACUACACUCUAAAUUUCGCAACACAACAAUACAAAUGCUGGAUCUCUUUGCCCAUCGUGUUCACUUUGAUCGGCGCACUGCAAGCUGUUCAACUGUUAUGGUUCUUUUUGAUCUUGAGAGUUCUCUAUAGGAUUGUAAGAAGCAGUGUUUACGAAGAUAUCAGAAGCGCCUCCGAUUCUGACGACGAAGAUUCACUAGGCACUGACGAAGAUUCGUCAGCGACUACCUCCCCAGCCCAAUCCGUGCCCCCUCGCAUUAUCACUCCGCCGAAUCAAAAGACGCUGAAGAAACAAAAAUAA